AUGGAGCCCAGCACCUCAUGUCCGGCCGCCUCCCCCUUGGUGAAGAGACCAUUCCAUGUUCUCGUGGGCGUCACUGGGAGUGUUGCAGCCCUGAAGUUGCCUCUUCUGGUGUCUCGGCUAUUGGACAUUCCUGGCCUGGAAGUAGCAGUGGUCACAACUGAGAGAGCCAAACAUUUCUACAGCCCCCAGGACAUUCCCGUCACUCUCUACAGCGACGCUGAUGAAUGGGAGAUGUGGAAGUGCCGAUCCGACCCCGUUCUCCACAUUGACCUGCGGAGGUGGGCAGACCUCAUGCUGGUGGCUCCUCUUGAUGCCAACACCCUGGGGAAGGUGGCCAGUGGCAUAUGUGACAACUUGCUUACCUGCGUCAUCCGGGCCUGGGACUGCCGCAAGCCCCUGCUCUUCUGCCCAGCGAUGAACACUGUCAUGUGGGAGCAUCCCAUCACUGCGCAGCAAGUCGGCCAGCUCAAGGCCUUCGGCUAUGUUGAAAUACCUUGCGUUGCCAAGAAGUUGGUGUGUGGAGACCAAGGUCUAGGGGCCAUGGCCGAGGUGGGCACCAUUGUGGACAAAGUGAAAGAAGUCCUCUUCUGGCAUGGUGACUCUCAGGAGAGUUGAAGCUGGGAUCUCUGGCUUGUGUAUCCCUCUGUACUGAGUGUGUUUCCAGGCCAAUCUGUGAAGAAGGUGGACAUUGGCAAAAUACAGUGAAGACUUCUGUGAUUGCUGGGUAGGGGUUUGGCCUGGGCCUGCUCCAGAGCCUCCCCGGGGGCCUGACUUGCCUCAGGUUCAAUUAGACCAAAGGCCCAGGUCCCAACUUCUUUCCAACUAGAGAUGCCUGCUUUCCAGAACCCGCUCACCUUUCCCCAGGAUUGGCACAGCAAGCUGCUGUAUGUCCCCGUGCUCUGGGAAGGUCGCAGAAACCUCGAUUCUCCCUUAUUCCUGGGAGCCACUUCAGCUCCGUGGGGGGCUGCCCGGGUGCCAUGCUUGCAGAGUCAGGGAAGCCUGGAACUGGCAAGACGCCGAGAUUCUCCACAGGCCAUGCUGUGAGGUCAGGGGUACGUGGGAAUAGAGAAGAGUGACUUGUGGGAGACUGUCCUUCCUUUACCUCAGUUUGUAGUCUUGGAGAUCAGGGGCAUUGCUUGGUGUGGCUGGGGAAGGGUUGGGGUGGACAGCUGACCAGCGUAUCUUCGAGCUACUAUCAAAUGGUUGUUAAGGGCAGAGGGCACCGAGGCAGGGGGACCCUAGUUCAAAUCCUAUCUCUGGGGACAUCCAGGGGGCUCAGCGGUUAGGCGCCCACUUUCAGCCCAGGGCAUGAUCCUGGAGUCCUGGGAUCGAGUCCCACAUCGGGCUCCCCGCAGGGAGCCUGCUUCUCCCUCUGCCUGUGUCUCUGCCUCUCUCUGUGUCUCUCAUGGAUAAAUUAAAAAAAAAAAAAAAUCCUAGCUCUGUUACGUGCUAGCAGUGGGACCGUGGCUCAGGGCUCAGCCUUUCUCUCACUUUCCUCAUCUCAAUUAUCCUGCCUUCAUGGACUUGUUGAGAGGAUUAAAUGAGAUUAUGUGUGCAAGAUCCCUACCCCACUGCCUCUUACUUAGUAAAUGUCAAAUAAAGGGAAGUUAAAGCUAAGUAUGUAUUCACACCAGUGAGCUUUUCUAACAUUUACUUAAAUAGACCCUCUCAUUUUGGGAAAAAUAAAAUAACCAGCCCUUA